GAAGCUGUCCCGAGGUGCCCGGCCCACAGCCAUACUGGUGUCGUAACUGGCCCCCAGGAGGGAUCCUUCCGCCCGAGCACUCCCCCUCUCCUGGGGCCCCCAGCCCAGCUCCAGGUGUGAGCGAUGACCGAUCCCUUCGGUGUGGGAGGCGGCCGCCGGCUCCCGGGGUCCAGCAAGAGUGGGACUGGGAAAGAGGGCAGCCGGAAUGAGGUCCGACUUCCUGUGCGGCACGACCCACCGAAGCUGGGGCUGUCGGUGGCCCGGGGUGGGCAGAUAGUGCCCAGCCAGGCCCCACUCUGCUUUGACCCGGAAAGUCCAGCCAGCGACAGGACGGAAGGAAAGAAAAAGGGGCGUCCGAAAGCUGAGAACCAGGCCCUCCGUGACAUUCCCCUCUCCCUGAUGAACCAGUGGAAAGACGAGUUCAAGGCGCACUCAAGGGUGAAGUGUCCAAACUCGGGGUGCUGGCUGGAGUUUCCCAGCAUCUACGGGCUCAAGUACCAUUACCAGCGGUGCCGAGGGGGUGCUAUCUCAGAAAGGCUGACCUUUCCAUGCCCCUUCUGUGAGGCCGCCUUCACCUCCAAGACCCAGCUGGAGAAGCAUCAGAUUUGGAACCACAUGGAUCGGCCCCUGCCCGCCCCGAAGCCUGGGCCGGUCAGCCGGCCAGUCACCAUCAGCCGGCCCGUUGGAGUCAGCAAGCCCAUCGGAGUGAGCAAACCUGUCACUAUUGGCAAACCCGUGGGUGUCAGCAAACCCAUUGGCAUCAGCAAGCCAGUGACGGUCAGCAGGCCGGUGCCGGUCACCAAGCCAGUGUCGGUCAGCAGGCCCGUGCCGGUCACCAAACCCAUACCGGUCACCAAGUCUGUGCCGACCACCAAGCCAGUGACAGUCAGCAAGCUGGUGCCAGUCACCAAACCGGUGACUGCAAACAAACCGGUGCCGAUGACAAAACUUGUGACAGUUACCAAACCUGUGCCGGUCACCAAGUCAGUGCCGGUCAGCAGGCCCAUUGUGGUCAGCAAGCUGGUGACCGUCAGCAGACCCAUAGCCAUCAGCAGACACACACCGUCCUGCAAAAUGGUGCUGCUGACCAAGUCUGAGAACAAAACUCCUCGAGCCGCGGGGAGGGGCAGUGGUAAGAAAAGGGCUGCAGACAGCCUGGACACCUGCCCCAUCCCACCCAAGCAGGCGAGGCCAGAGAACGGGGAGUAUGGGCCGUCCACCAUGGGCCAGAGCUCGGCCUUCCAGCUGAGCGCAGGCUCCAGCAGUGGCCCCCUUUCUCUGGGCAACAGGCCUUUGGGGGGCAAGGAGGCGCUGAGGGCAACAGGCCCUGUGUCCCCACCUGCGGAGGGAGCGGAGCGUACAAAGCACAGAAGGAAACAGAAAACACCCAAGAAGUUUACAGGGGAACAGCCAUCUAUUUCAGGAACCUUUGGACUCAAAGGCCUGGCCAAGGCUGAAGACAAAUCCCGCGGCUACCGCACCAAGAAGCAGGAGGGCCCAAGCGCCGAGGACGUCCGGAAGAAGGUGCCGGCCCCUGCCAGCACCGUCAUCAAGGAGGUCCCGGCCCCUGUGGCCCACCCGGUCCCAGGUGGCCCUGAGGAGCAGUGGCAGAGGGCCAUCCAUGAACGGGGACAGGCCGUCUGCCCCACCUGCAGGGUGGUCGCCCGAAAGACCCUCGUGGGCCUCAAGAAGCAUAUGGAGGUUUGCCAGAAGCUGCAGGAUGCACUCAAGUGCCAGCACUGCCGGAAGCAGUUCAAGUCCAAAGCCGGCCUCAACUACCACACCAUGGCUGAGCACAGCGCCAAGCCCUGUGCCUCCGGGGCCUCCGAGGGCAGCGAGCAGGAGGAGCGGGAGAGGCUGCGCAAGGUGCUCAAGCAGAUGGGGAGGCUGCGCUGCCCCCAGGAGGGCUGUGGGGCCGCCUUCUCCAGCCUCAUGGGUUACCAGUACCACCGGCGACGCUGCGGGAGGCCGCCCUGUGAGGUGGACAGCCCCUCCUUCCCCUGCAUCCACUGCGGCAAGACCUACCGCUCCAAGGCCGGCCACGACUACCAUGUGCGCUCCGAGCACACGGCCCCGCCCCCCGAGGAGCCCGAGGACAAGUCCGCGGAGGCUGAGGACCUGCUGGGUGUGGAGCGGACCCCCAGUGGCCGCGUCCGCCGCACCUCGGCCCAGGUGGCUGUGUUCCACCUGCAGGAGAUUGCAGAGGAUGAGCUGGCCCGAGAUUGGACCAAGCGGCAGAUGAAGGAUGACCUGGUACCUGAGACUGCACGGCUCAACUACACUCGGCCAGGCCUCCCCACGCUCAACCCCCAGAUGCUGGAGGCGUGGAAGAAUGAAGUCAAGGAGAGAGGUCACGUCAACUGCCCCAAUGACUGCUGCGAAGCCAUCUACUCCAGCGUGUCCGGCCUCAAAGCCCAUCUUGCCAGCUGCAGCAAGGGGGACCAUCUGGUGGGGAAGUACUGCUGCCUGCUGUGUGCAAAGGAGUUCAGCUCCGAGAGCGGCGUCAAGUACCACAUCCUCAAGGCCCACGCAGAGAACUGGUUCCGUACUUCAGCAGACCCACCUCCCAAACACAGGACCCAGGACUCAUUGGCGCCCAAGAAGGAGGAGAAGAGGCUGGCUGGUGGGAAGAAGCGGGGCCGCAAGCCCAAGGAGCGGCCCCCAGAGGAGCCUGCACCCAAGAUGCCCCCCAGCCAGGACGAUUGGCUCCCAGGAGGCAGAGACAAGGGGGCCCGGGGCUCUGCUGGCCGGAAGGUGGGAGCCGGCAAGGUGCCUGAGAAGCUGCUGCAGGGCACACCUGGGCUGGGGCUCUCUGUGGAGGGCCAGUGGCAGCAACAGAAGUGCAAUAGCCUAGAGGCACAUUCACGGGCCUGGCAGAGUCGGGCCCUGGACGGCAGGAGGCGGUCUGCGCCUGGGCCUUGGCGCAUGGGCGGUGCAGAGCAGCCAGAUGCCCGUUGGCCAUGCGAGCUGCGUGCCCUUUCUGCUUCCUCAGGCCUGAGGCUCAGGGGCCCCUGGUUCUGGCCUGAUGAGGGUCCCUGAGCAGUCUCGCGCCUCUCUCCGACACUGGAACCCCAGCACCCCCAGCUACCUCCCAGGACAGACCCUGAGUCUGACCUCUGCCGUGCUGACCUGACAGCCCUCCCCCAUCUCCCUGCCUCUGGUUCUCCUGCUUCUGUUCUCUACCUCUCCAGCACCCCCCACCUGUGCGACCCCUGCUGUGUUUGGGCCCUUGCCCCCCGGGCCUGUGUCCAUCAUGGUAGGGGGAGACGGCCCCACUCACGGGGCUCUUUGCCAUCCCCAGUUGGGCUCCCUGCUUGGGGUGAGGGAGGAGUUCUGCUUUUCCCACUUGCAGGGCUGCAGGAAUAGGGGUUCCAGGCCCAUGAGCACGGCUGCCAACCCUGCGGUUGGGGUCAAGUGGCACAUGUUCUGCUGACACCACUGGCCUGGGUUGGGGCAACCUGACGGGUUAGGGAUGGGCCAGUCUGGGCUCUGGAGUCGACCUGGGUCCCAGUGGCAUGUGGGGCUCUGAGGAGUGACCACUGCAGGAGGCAGCCUUCUGCUGUACUGGGUUGGCCUGUGGCCAAGCUCCCAUGGGAGCCCCCUCCCCCCUUUUUUUACCUGUCUCUUCCUUCUGGUUGUGUGAUCUUUUGAUAUGAGAGCCGAAGGCCAGGGAGGGCCCUGGCCGAGGUCACAGUGGGUUGAUGGGGGCUCUGGGGCUCUGCCUCGGCUCCCUUUGGGGCCCUGAGGACGCCUAGGUCUGCAGGUUGGGCAGGGGUCAGGCUAGAGUCCCAGGCACCUGGAGGAGGUGUCCUCCUUCCUGGGUCCUGCCCACCUGUGGCGUUGCCAGAGGAGGUCGCUCAGAGCUGCUGGGUUUGGAUGGAGGCUGUUUUCCCCUGGGGGGUGGGGUGGGUGAGGGCUCGGCCUUGCCGAUCCUGGACGAUGUGAAUUUUGAUAUUUGCCCGUGUGUGUGUGUCUCCUGGGUGUGUAGUGAAUGCCAGUCUUGUUGCUGUGACAAGUAACAACCUUUUUUUUAUUCUGUUUUUUAUACAAAAAACUUAACAACAAUCUGACAUUUUGGUGCUAAGGGUUUCCUGGUGCCGAUGGUGGAUGGCUAGGGUCCCUGGGGUCCCUCCCCUGCUCAGGGAGGCAGUGCUGACCGGGCACCAUGCUGCCCCCAAGCUGCCAUCCUCAUCCAGCCCUGGAGAGGAGAGGCUCCAAACUGGGCUCCACUCUCCUGGCCCUGCAGUAGGGAGACAGGUCCCUGGGGCUUUGGGGCCAGGUCCUAGCUCUACUUGUGUCCGGCUUUUUCCUUUGGCCAGAAGGCUCUGAUCCUGGGCAACUCUGGCUUCAUAUGCUAGGGAAGGGGGUAUGGAGAUGGGGACUCCUCUCCACUCACACACACCUUGAUCUGAUCACGAGGGAGGCGUGGGCACAUGGAUGUGAUCCAGUGUCAAAGGUCAAGGUGGGGUGGCAUGGGCAGAGAUUUGGGGCAGGAGGGCUUUCUUUCCUAUGUUCUGGGUGUCACUGUGGUGUACAGCUAGUGGAGGUGGAGCAGGAAGCCACUGCAGGGGCAGCCUGGGGAGGGGAGGGCGGGACAGGCACCGAUGGCAGCCCCAGGCACACUUUCUCUGUCCUCGUCAUCAAUGGCUGGAGGAGGUUGGACCUCAACACCUCUGCUGGGGACAGCCGCCCGCCCCAGCCUCUCAGGUACUUGGCCCUUGGGGAGCGGGGGGCUGGUUUUUGCUGGGGGGUGAGUUUCCAGGUCACCUCCCAAAGUCCACAGGUGGUCCCUGGUGUGGGAACCCCACCUAGGUGUGUGGGAAGAGGUGGGGUCCUGGAUAACUUGAUGUUUAGCACUUUAACCCCCUUCUUUGUCUUUAAAGUGGGUGUGGGGGCUGCUGCCAAAAGUGGCUAUUGGGUCGGACCCCUCUCUCCCCAUUCUUCCCUCCCUGCUUCCUGCGCUGUGGCUGGAGUGGCGGUGGCAAGCUGGUUUGCAGAGCCCUCCGAAGGGGACAGAGCCCUGGAUGGCUCAGCGGGGUCUGCCCACCUCCCACUCGGGUGUGAACACAGCCAGGUAACGGCCUGGCUUGACAGACACCUUCAGUGGGAGGGACCAGAGUGGCAGACUCCCAGGGUGUGGUGGGCGUGCACUCUGCCCUAGACCUAAUCCUAGGGCACAGUGCCAGUCCCUUCCUGAAGAUCUACCUCUGGCCCAGCCCACCCACCUGCCCUGAGAACGGGAAAGGGCCCCCUGGGGGCUGUCACUUCACACAGAAAUAGGAUGCACUUUAUUUGCUUGUGUAAAGGCAGAUGAGGGUGCCUCCUGCUGUGACCAGUGGCCCUCCCAGCCGCAGCACCUCCCGUUCCUGUGGUUCAGAAGGGAAACAGCGGGUGCGCCCUGACUCACGGAGGGCAGGGUUGAACCCAUGUGUACUAGCUCUGCGGCCCCAGGUGGCUUGCCCUGGAGCCCUGGGGUGCAAGGAGUUCGGCCAGCACCUCGGGCCUGGUAGCCACACGUCCUGUGCUUUGGGUUUCUUGGUUUGGUUAUUUUAAUGCCAGUUUUCCGUACAUAAGUGCAUUUUGAAAGAGAGGUUCCAGCUAUCACUUGUAACCAUAUAUAUACAUAUAUAUUCUAUCUACAAAGUGUUUAUUUGCAAGAUGUUUUGACGGUGAGCUCGGGCCCUGCCCGCUUUGUGACCAUCUGUCCCCUGUCCUCGUACCUGCCUCCAGGCCCCGAGUGGCGCGGGGGCGGGCCAUCAACUGUAUGUAUUAAAAAUGACUGUAUCAAAUAAAUGUUUAUUGAUUUUUUUUCCA